ACCUAAGUUUCGUUUAUAUUUCUCCUUGGUUAUCCAAAGCUCUUGGUUCUGAUCAUGACUUAUUACUGGGUACCUCGGUUUUUGACUAUUUUCAUCCUCAAGAUCGUGAGUUGGCGCGUCGCGACUUAUCAGAGUUUGUCAAAAUGAAAACAAUAACCUGUUCGAUAACAAGAUGCCGAUAUAAUAAUGUUCCAGCAAUAAGAAAAAGAUUACAAUCUCAAACUUCUUCAAAUAAAG